AGACCUGCUUGCCCUCUUCUGGUGCACAGAGCCUGGAUUUAUAUGUGCUUCAGUUCCAGGCAGUUCCAGGACACAGUGUGCCUGACCAGCUGCUUCAGAGCCAAAUGCUGGCAAAAGAGAAUCUGAUUCCAUCUGAGAAGCAGUCAUCUGGCACCAGUGAUUGCUGAUACAGUCUGACAAGCAAAGUCCCUCCAGUUUUCAGAGAAUCUGGAUAGAGAAUGUUCUCGAAGAUCACUUUUCUUGGGUGGUUCUCUUAAAAGGAAAACUUGAUUGUCGUGCUUUCUUCUGGAGACAACAAAUCACUUCACCUUCAAACCAUUUUAGACUAAAAAGCAUUCAACUGUGCUGCAAAAGUUAGGAGAUGGACAGUUUUUCCUUUCCUCUCAUUUGAAACUGAAAAUGAAAUAAAAUGGCAGAGGUUUAAGGUUAAUAUUCAGGAUGAAUGAUGAUAAUUUGGAUGAAAAGGCAGCAGAUGUAUCACAUUCCUUAUUUAUCAGUGAUAAAAAUGGAAACACAUACAACCAAACAUCACCAUCUGCACACAGCUCAGCUAGUCAUGUGAGUUGGAGUUCUGCCAACACAGAUGAUAUGGUCAUCGAUUAUGAAAUGGACCCUGCUGUAGACAGUGAUGAAAGUAUUUCUUUAAAUUCUCAGUGUGAAGUACUCAAGCACCGAAAGUCUUCAUGUGAUUUCAUUAGUCAGCGGAUGUUAGAGAUGCAUAAAGACCCUACAGGUCAGUCUUCUGCACUUGUAAAUACAGAGGAGCCUGAGUAUCUGCAUAGCAAUUGUCCUUCCCUGGAAGCUGCCCAGGACCAGAAUGUUGAACCAUCUCUGCCUUUUGUGUGGAAGCCUAAUGCUGAUUUGGACUAUAGAGACUAUCCCACUACCUUGGACUUAAACCAGACGUUUAACGGGAAAGCAGACAAAGUUAACUGUACCUUUAUAACACAUCAUGUGUUCGAAAACAGUCAGUCUUUGCAUGCCCAUGGCGAUUUCCAGCCAGUGGGUGUGAGAAGUGGAAGUACUCCUCCUUUAUCCUGUUCUACUUGGAUAUCAUCCGAUUCUGACAAUAUGCAUGUGAGAGAAAUUAGCUAUAAUAAAGAAAACUUGGAAAACCCUCAAGCCACAGCACCAGAGGCCCACAACACAACGUACACAGCAUUUUCUGAUGAUGUGAUGCACACUGAUGUUCCAAAUGUUGGAAAUCAAUGUCAAUAUUCUUCAGGAAAGGUCACCAGUGAGUACACAGAUGGGUCACAGCAAAGGCUAGUUGGAGAAAAAGAGAUACAAGCCCUAACACCAGUUUCUGAAGGCAUUGAAGUCCCCAAAGGAUUUGUAUUACAAGAGCUCUAUUGUUUAUCUAAAGAUGAACCAAAUAGUGAAACACAUUCACAAAGCUCAUAUGGUCAAAAGGAAAUGGGCCAAAAUCUAAGAAAGACAGUAUCUAAUUGUCUUAUUGAUGAUGAAUGCCCUUUACUGAUGCCAGCUUUUGAAAAAAAUAAAGCCAAAGUGCUGGACUCAGAGCAUAAAGUCCCUGUGACUGAAGAUCCAAAAAUUGCUUCUAAUGAGGAUUUGCAAACCCAAAACAAUACUGUAGAACUGACACAAAGUUGCUCACCAGGACAAAAGACAGUUUCACUAUUUGAAAUGUCUUGGGAUACAAAUGAAGUGGUUAUUAACACAAGUAACACAGCUUGCAUGUCAACACCCAUCAUAGAACCCAGAGAUGUAAGCUUUACUUUUUCACCGAUCAAAUUAACAGACAGCUGUAAUAAAGUGGAGAAGAGUAAUCAAGAGCCUAAAAAUGUGCUUAACUUGAAGGGGACACCUAUGAGCUCAGCUAAGCCUAGUCUAGGAAAGUCAGCAACUAAAACAAAUACCCCUAUAGGCAGCAAAUUUAGAAAAACUGAAAUUAUAAGUUACCCAAGACCAAACUUCAAGAAUGUCAAAGCUAAAGUUAUGUCUAGACCCGUGUUGCAGCCCAAAGAGUCUGCUUUAUCUAAGGCCACACCCAGGCCUCAGUUGACCAGUGUCACCUCAUCUCCCUCAGCAGUGUCUUCCUCAAGGCAGCUGACAGUUUUGAGCAAAACACCAAGAUCUGAUUUGAAUACAGACAGAAAAGCAGAAAUCUUAAUUAACAAGACACAUAAGCAGCAGUUUAAUAAACUCAUCACUGGCCAGGCUAUGCAUGUUACAACUCAUUCUAAAAAUGCUUCACACAGGGUUCCAAGAACAACAUCUGCCAUGAAAUCUAACCAGGAAGAUGUUGACAAAACAAGUUCUUCUCAUUCAGUAUGUGAGUCUGAGUCUGUAGCCGCAGUUUUUCAGAAGAUCAAAGGCGUCCUCCCUGUUAAAAUGGAAAGUACAGAAUGUUUGGGAAUGACGUAUGCUCUCCACAUUGAUAAGACCUGCCCCGAAAAGGAUGAAAAAGAAAACGAGAUACCUGUGGAAAAACAAGAGCUGAAAAAGGAAGUUAUGAAUGAGACCUUUGAAUAUGCUCCUCUGUUUCUGGAUUCUGCUUCCAAAACUACCACCCCCUCAGGUAGGAAUACAUCCAAGCCCGACUCCUGCAGUUUGCGGAAAACAUCAUGUCCAAAAGCCAAAGUGGGGCCAAUUGUUUCCUGUCUGAGGCGGAACAGUGACACUAGAAACCUCAGUUCUGAUCGAGCCUUAUCGCCUCAGAGGAUCAGGCGUGUGUCCAGCUCUGGAAAAGCUACAUCCUUGAAAAGUGUGCAACCGUCUUGGGUGAAUUUGGCUAGGCCACUUCCUAAAUCCAAAGCUUCUUUGAAAAGCCCUGCAUUACCGAGAACAGGAAGCACCCCGUCAAUCAGCAGCACCCACAGUGACCCACGCACCUACAGCAAUCACUCUGGUAAUGCUGCUGUUAUCAAGUAUGAGGAGAAGCCCUCAAAAUCAGCAUUUCAGAAUGGCUCAGGAUCCUUAUGUUUGAAGACUUUGGUACCCAGAGCUCAUGUACACUUGCUAAAAACUCCUCCAAAAGGUCCUUCAAGGAAAAGUCUGUUUACGUCUUUCAAUACAGUUGAAAAGAGCAGGCAAAAGAAUCCCAGAAGUCUGUGCAUCCAGACUCAGACAUCUCCAGAUGUGCUGUCUUCUGAAAAAGCACUUGAAUUGACUCAGUAUAAAACGAAAUGUGAAAGCCAAAGUGGAUUUAUCCUGCAGCUGAAGCAGCUCCUCUCCCGCGGCAAUAUCAAGCUUGAAGCAUUAACAGUUGUGAUCCAGCACCUGCUGUCUGAGCGGGAAGAAGCACUGAAACAACACAAAACCCUGUCUCAAGAACUUGUUAACCUCCGGGGAGAGCUAGUUGCUGCUUCAACCACCUGUGAGAAAUUAGAAAAAGCCAGGAAUGAGUUGCAAACAGCAUAUGAAGCAUUUGUCCAGAAGCUAAACCAGCAGCACCAGACUGAUCAAACAGAACUGGAGAGUCGGCUUAAGGAAUUUUACACUGGGGAGUGUGAAAAGCUUCAGAACAUUUACAUAGAAGAAGCAGAGAAGUAUAAAGCUCAAUUGCAGGAGCAGUUUGACAACUUAAGUGCUGCCCAUGAAACUUCUAAGUUGGAAAUUGAAGCUAGCCACUCGGAGAAAAUAGAAUUGCUAAAGCAAGCCUAUGAAACUUCCCUUUCAGAAAUCAAGAAAAGCCAUGAAAUGGAAAAGAAAUCACUUGAAAAUUUACUUUCUGAAAAGCAGUCAUCACUGGAGAAACAAAUCAGUGACCUGAAGAGUGAAAAUGAUGCUUUAAAUGAAAAACUGAAAUCAGAAGAACAAAAAAGAAUAUCAAGAGAGAAGGCAAACUUAAAAAACCCUCAGAUCAUGUAUCUGGAGCAAGAACUAGAAAGCCUGAAAGCUGUUCUAGAGAUCAAGAAUGAGAAGCUGCAUCAGCAGGAUGUCAAGUUAAUGAAAAUGGAAAAACUGGUGGACAACAACACAGCACUGGUUGACAAAUUGAAGCGAUUCCAGCAGGAGAAUGAGGAAUUAAAAGCUCGGAUGGACAAGCACAUGGCAAUCUCAAGGCAACUUUCCACGGAGCAGGCUGUGCUGCAGGAGUCGCUGGAGAAGGAGUCAAAAGUCAACAAGCGACUCUCCAUGGAGAAUGAGGAACUGCUGUGGAAGCUGCACAACGGGGACUUGUGCAGCCCCAAGAGAUCCCCCACGUCCUCAGCCAUCCCCUUUCAGUCACCCAGGAAUUCGGGCUCCUUCCCUAGCCCUAACGUGUCGCCCAGAUGACGCUUCCUGGAAGCCGGGAGACUCUGGGCGGGCAGUUGGAUGCAGGUCUGCAGGACCAACCCUAAUGACCAUCGUGGGAGCAAGAGCUACAUUAGCUCCUGUGAAUUUCUGCAGGAUAACUGGAAUGCGGCUACCACCAAAACCGGCUACCUAGGAGACUGGAACUCUGGAGGAAGACUUUUGACUUGGUCCAAAAGAUUCCUCUAAAAAAAGAUUCAGAAUCAAUAUGGAACUCGUUGCACAAAGCACUUAAGGAACGAGAGAAUCUUGUUCAUUGCCUUUUUCACCUAAGCUUAAGGGGAAAAACUCUCAGGGCCCUAUGAAGAUUUAUAACCUUUAUAACAUUCUUCACAGACACCUUCUUGUGAUUUUUAUUUCGGUCUGGCUGUGGGUGGGGUAUAUGAGUGAAACAGAUGUGAGAGUGUCAUGUGUCUUCUUUACUUCAGGAUAAAAGUCAAAAGCUCACUAUAUCUGGGUAUGUACUAAAUCAGAUCAUAGUCAGUGUACAGAUUGUGACAAAAGCCAUAGAAGAAAAAGCAAUAGUUCUUUAAAUUACAAUUCUCUACCACCACCUCUACCAGCCCUGUGACCCAGCGGAGAGAGGGUAUGAUGGGGAAAGCUUUGGCUUGUUGGUAUCUGUAUGUUUUCUCUGUCUUUUUGGAGUAACUUGUUGGGAGUUUUUCAGUGUUCACCCCCAUCAGUUUAAACUAGGUAGACUUAUCUGUGGGUUACAUAAUCCUAACACUAUACGAUGACCCAUUUCUCAGGCAAUGAGAAUAUACAGAAUCCUAAGAUUUCUGUUUAUGUAUAAAGAAAAACCGCAAUGCCAAUGGUUUGUUCUGCCUUAUGUUUUUUUACCUUGAGCUAAACUACGCUUUCAGAUGUAGACUCUUCUCCUCUCUCCUGUAAUCCCUAUUUCUCCCUUUCCUUUCUUUGCCAUCCAGAGCCACAAAACCCUCUACCUCCCAUCUAUGCUUUCCAGAGCCAGCUCAUUUCCAAGGUGCUGAACUCAUUUUCCAGAUAAACUGAGACCUGGAUCUGAUACACAAAUUUUGGAAACCCUUACCAUAAAAUGAGAAAAAGUUCCUGGCUGGAACUAAGAAAGAUAGGAGUCAGCACAUACUGAUAAGUAGAAGCACCUUAAGCCAAUAAUGCUGUGGUUAAUAGAAUAAAAGAGCCUGGGAAGACUUUGCUAGUUUGAGGGCACCCUUUGAGCGCUCUGUCCUUUAGAAAGCUAGCAGAAUAGCCACCUGACAAGUGGAAAAUGUGGCUUGACAACUCUACCAGUUAUGUUUGAACUUGUUUUCACAACUUAUCACCACACUCAGUUUUACACUCUGGAAGACAGGAGGACGACUGUGGCUUUUCCUCCCCUCCCUGCAUGUGUCAAUCCUGUGAUGUCAGUAUAGUAAGAACAGACUAGGAAAUUAGAUGUGGGUAUUUGAGUUAGCAGCUACAUGUGCGUUACAUGGGCAGCUAGUAUUCAUCAUGCAUGUUUAUUUUAAUUAGUGAUUGUGUUGGAUGUCUUUAACCUCUGAUAGUUUAUCACGUAUGUAACCUUCCAUGUUUGCUUCUGAUAAGUGGGGACAUAGAUUCACUGCCGGCUCCUGGGAUACGUCUGCUCUCACGUCUGCGUUGUUCUCAGUGACAUUAGCCAAAGUUGGGUUUGCCAUUCAUCCCCUCUACAUAAUAAUCUCUCGCUACUCCCUGCUAUUCUCCAUACCGUUUAGGUGUCUAGGAAAUAAACCUUACAGUAAUUAGUAAAAAUGUUCUCAGAGGGUGGGAGACAAGGAAGAAGACAGGGAACAAAAUAGAGAAUUUUUAAGAUGUGUUUAAACCAAAUGUUUCACACAGGAUGCAAAAUGUUGGCACGUCAUAAAAAUACAAAUGUGUAAACAAUGGUAGCUGUGCUGUUUGUAGUGAUGGAAAGUGUAUUUUAUUUUGAUCAAAUAAAUGAUGCUGGAAUAUUCAAUGUAAGAA